UCUCAAUGUUUGAUUAAGAAACAAUGGAUAUAUUUUACGUUACCGUUGUACACGUUAUUUUCUUUUUUGUCUCAAAUGUGUUGUGCACCAAAGAUCGUCCAAAAGUUCAACCGUUCAAUUUGCCAACGAAUCCUGAACUAUGUGACGACGUGCAUACCUUAUGCACAGCAAAAUCUAGCACCCAUACCCAGUUGGAGUGGCUUAAGGACGGCGCCAGAAUCAGUGAUGCGUUCUUGCCUAAUGCCACAGUUUCACACAUAGGAAGUGCACUAGUUCUUAAUAUUCAAUGUAUAUCGUUAGCGCACACGGGCAACUAUACGUGUUUAGCGCAAAAUCCGUAUGGAAAAGACGCGUUUACUACGUCACUGGUAAUAACAUCGCCACCAUUUUGGUUAGAAGAUACAGGCGUUGAGAGAACACAGUUAAUCAGACAAUUCAACCGGGGCGAUAUGAUAACGCUACAGUGUCCCGUAGGAGGACAUCCAAAGCCGAAUAUAACAUGGUACAGAAGAGACAAUUUGGUGGCUACUUCAGACACAUUCUCUUUUAAGACUGUCGACUACGAAUCGACGGACAAGGUGACCUGUAAAGCAUCGAAUGGCAUCGGUUUUUCCUUACAGAGGACGUUCAACAUUCAGACCAUAACACAAGUUGUAUCAGUAGGAGAUCAUCUGAAAUUAACCAUAGUAGACCGCUCAGCAGCAGGAGAGCUCAUCUGUCGAGCUUCAAACGGAAUUGCGCCUUCCAUUGAAAAAACGUUCACCAUCUAUAUCAUAUGUAUACCUAUACAUUAGUCACGGAGCA